GAGAACCUAACCAAGUGUGCUUUUGUUCCAUUUCAGGCGCGGAAUGAUGCGUGGAGUAUGAACAUAGGAAGCUUGGUGUCGGGGGUGACUCCCCCCGGAGGCCCAGGCGGAUGCGGCGUGCCUUGGGUGCGGUGGCGAGGCCCCCUGCUGCUGGCGGCCCUGGUGCUGGCGGCCAUCAGCACAGCCGCAGGGGGCGGUGACGCCGAGGGGCGCGACUCGCUCUUCAUCGUGGAGCGCUUCGAGGACGACCGAUGGCAGGAGUUCACGCACCUCACGGUCGACAAGAACACGGGCACCGUGUACGCGGGGGGCGUGAACCGGCUCUACCAGCUGGACCCGAACCUACGGCGCCUGCAGUACGUGGUGACGGGCCCCGUGAACGACUCUGUGGAGUGCUCGGCCAGCGACUGCAAGGGCGAGACCAUCCAGAACAUGAAGGCCACCAACAACGUCAACAAGGUGCUGGUGAUCGACUACACGCGCUCGCGCCUCAUCGUGUGCGGCACCGUGCGGCAGGGCUCGUGCCAGGUGCGCGACCUGCGGGACAUCACGCAGCUCACCCGCAACGUGAGUGAGGCCAUCGUGGCCAACAAUGCCACGGCGUCCACCGUGGCCUUCAUCGCCCCCGGGCCGCCCAACCCGCCCGUCACGCAUGUGCUCUACAUCGGCGUGACAUACACGGGCAAGUCUGUGUACAGGGACGAGGUGCCGGCCGUCGCCUCGCGCUCGCUCGAGGACAACCGCUUCUUCGACAUCGCCGUGACCGACGUGACGACGAGCACGCGGAUGCUGGUCAACUCGCUGGCGCGCGAGCGAUACCCCAUCACGUACGUGUACGGCUUCGGCUCGGAGAAGUUCAGCUACUUUCUCACGCGGCAGAUGGAGGACACCGACGCUGGGUCUCCUUACAUCAGCAAGCUGGUACGAGUUUGCCAAAACGACUCGGCCUACUACUCGUACACGGAGAUCCCCAUCGAGUGCAAGGACUCGCUGGGCAAGCGCUAUAACCUGGCGCAGGCGGCCUAUGUAGGCAAGCCGGGUACCGACCUGGCCACGCAAUUGGGCAUCCAGACUAACGACGACGUCCUCUUCGCCGUGUUCUCCCCUUCUGACCCCAGCGAAGGGGAGGGCUCACCCCGGCCCGCCGACAGCAGCGCCCUCUGCGUGUACAGCAUGAAAUCCGUCAGACGCAUGUUUAUCAACAACAUUCAGGAAUGCUUCAGAGGCAAAGGCGACCGAGGACUCAACUUCAUCUCGCCGUCACACCACUGCAUCGAGACGAGGAUCAAGGAUCUGAACGAGGAUUUCUGCGGCAUGGAUGUGAACACACCCCUGGGCGGAGAGCAGCCUGUGGAGGGCUUGGCCAUCCUCACUUUCCAGACGCGACUCACCGCCGUCGCCGCCACGUCAACCGAGGUCUACACGGUAGUCUUCCUCGGCACGGCCCAGGGCCACCUGAAGAAGGUUGUGAUAGAGAACCAGAAUAAUGCGCUGGAAUACGACGACAUCAUGGUGGACCAAGGGUCGCCAGUCAGGCAAGACAUGCACUUUGACAAGGCGGGCGAUCACCUGUAUGUCAUGACUAGUAACAAGAUCUCAAAAGUCAAAGCACAAGAGUGCAGCAUAUAUGAGGGAUGUAACCAAUGCUUGGGUGCCCGUGAUCCUUAUUGUGGCUGGUGUUCCUUGGAGAACAAAUGUUCCUUGCGUCGAGACUGCCGUGAUGCCACACAAGAUCCCCAGCACUGGGUGAGCUACAAGACUGGCCGCUGCACCACCAUCACCACAGUCAUGCCAGACAAACUACAGAGGACCACUGCCAGAACUUUAGCACUGAUGAUUGACAACCUGCCAUCAGUGGAUGGACCACUUCAGUGUGUCUUUAGUGCUAUGGGGAAAGAUCUCACCACAAAGGCCAAGCGUACUGCUCAGGGCGUUUCUUGUACCACUCCCCGGAAUGACAUGCUUCCUGAUAUCCCACAGAAUAAACAUCACUUCACAGCAAAGCUCUGUGUGCGAAAAUCUGAAGGCCCUGAGUUUGUAUGUACAAACUUCACAUUUUUCGACUGCAAUACCUACAGCUCUUGUACUGAAUGUGUAUCAUCCCCCUUUCCUUGUGACUGGUGUGUUGAUGGCCAUCGAUGCACACAUGACUCUGCAGAAAAUUGCAGAAAUGAUGUGCUUGUCAAUGGUGUAAAUCGUGUUGGACCAAGCAUCAGAAGUGGUCCUUCAUUUUGUCCUAGAAUUACUUUUCUUGAGAGUCAAGAAAUUUUGGUUUCAUCAGGCACUGACAAGUCAAUUAAGGUCAAAGUUGACAAUAUAGCUCAAUUCAUCACACAGACAAGGUUUGUGUGUCAAUUCAACAUUGAAGGAAGAGUUACCAGUGUAAAUGCCAAUUUGCUGAGUGAUACUAUAUAUUGUGACAGAAUGGAAUUUUCAUACACAACAGCUGCGCCAUCAACUAAUGCAACAUUUGCUGUGAUCUGGGGAGGCUCAAAACCUCUUGAUAAUCCCGAUAACAUUCAUGUGCUGGUGUUUCAGUGUCAGCUCAUGGCCAACAACUGUGGCAUGUGCUUAAGUCUUGCGGAGCGCUAUAAAUGUGGCUGGUGUCAGUCAACUAGCCGCUGUGAGGUGGCAGCCCAAUGUGAGGACGGGACGUGGUUGGACAGGGAUCGCACCUGUCCCAAUAUAAAUAUAACCAACUUUUAUCCACGAAGUGGCCCCUGGGAUGGAGGCACAAAUGUUACUGUAGAAGGUAUUAACUUGGGUAAACAGAUAGAUGACAUCUAUGAUGGAAUAACUGUUGCUGGAAUUAACUGCCAACCAUUUCGUGACUCAUAUGUCAAAACCAGAAAGGUUACUUGCAUUGUAGACAGCCCAGGGGUGAAUGACUUUAAGGAAGGACCCAUCGUUGUAAAGGUGGCCCGUGAAUACCGUGGUGAAUCCCAAGACAAGUAUCGCUUUGUGAAUCCAGUGAUAACAGACUUAACACCAGAUUCAGGACCAAGGUCAGGAGGAACAGUGCUCCACAUUAUUGGCAAGUACAUGAAUGCUGGCAGCCGCAUUAAAGCCUUCAUUAAUGGACUUCCAUGCAAAAUUCAAAGCACAAAUGCAAGCACAGCAACAUGCAUUACAUCUUCGUAUUCAGACUUGCAAAAGGAAGGUAGUAUUGAAAUGACUUUUGACAAUGGUCGAAGAAAGUUGGAGGGGAAGUACUUCACUUAUGUUGACGAUCCAGAAAUUACCUCCGUCAAGUCUGGCAGAGUGGGACAGGCAGGCGUAAGAAAUGGUCCGAGAGGUAUUCCAUCUGGAGGAAUAAUUAUCACUGUUGAUGGCACCAAUUUCAAUGUCAUCCGUAAGCCAAAAAUGUAUGUUUUGUACAAGGACAAGGAAUACACAAGUCCCUGUCAUGUGAAAAAUGCAACAAGAAUGGAAUGCAAGUCACCAGCUAUUGCAGUUGAUAGUAAUGAGAAGAUUGACGAGGAGAAUGGUAUGACGCUUGACUAUGGCUUCAUCAUGGAUAAUGUGAAAUCUGUUCGUGAUCUCCAGAAUGGUGGAUUUUCUCCUUUCCUUGUUUUCCCAAAGCCCGAGUACUUUACAUUUGAGGAUGAAGGCCAGAUCAAGAUGUACAAAUCUGAUUACCUCACAAUCAAUGGUAAGAACCUGGACAGGGCUGCACAGGAGAUUGAUGUUGAGGUCCUCAUUGGUGCGGAGUCUUGUAAUGUCACAUCAUUAUCUCGGUCUCAGCUAACAUGCCGGCCACCAAAAGAGCAGCCUGCACCAAUCAGUAACAAUGACCUGCCCUUGGUUGUGGUGAUUGUGGGUGGUAAUCGCACAUACAGAAUUGGAUACUUGAAGUAUGCGAACACAAAGGAUUUUGGGACACUCUCCAAACAACUGAUCAUUAGCCUCUCAGUUGGUGCAGUGGUUCUUAUUCUGAUUUUGGUGAUUUGCCUCAUUGUCUAUCGUCAAAAGAGCAACCAAAACUCACGGGUUCUCAAGAGUAUGCAAGAACAAAUGGACAUACUGGAACUUCGAGUGGCAGCUGAAUGCAAAGAAGCCUUUGCUGAGCUGCAGACUGAGAUGACAGACUUGACUAGCGACCUGACUUGUGGUGGUAUUCCCUUCCUGGAAUACCGUACAUAUGCCAUGAAGAUCCUAUUUCCCAAUCUGGAAGAGACAACUGUGCUGCAGAUGGACCGACCUGACCUUGCAAGGAAAGAAAAAGGCCUGAAGCUCUUUGGCCAACUCAUAAUGAACAAGACUUUCUUACUACUGUUUAUUCGAACCCUGGAAUCUAACCGAUACUUUUCUAUGAGAGACAGAGUAAAUGUAGCUUCCCUCAUCAUGGUAGCAUUACAAGGAAAAAUGGAAUACUGUUCCGACAUCCUGAAGACUCUCCUUGCAGAACUGAUUGAAAAGUGUAUUGAAGGAAAGAUCCAUCCUAAACUACUCUUCAGAAGAACGGAAAGUGUAGCUGAAAAGAUGCUUUCAUCCUGGUUCACAUUCCUGCUUUACAAGUUCUUGAAGGAGUGUGCUGGAGAGCCACUGUAUAUGCUAUUCAGAGCCAUCAAACAACAAGUGGACAAGGGUCCAGUGGAUGCUGUCACUUCAGAAGCAAGAUAUUCACUUUCUGAAGAGAAACUCAUCCGUCAGAGCAUUGACUACAAGGAAAUGACGGUGUAUGUGUCCAUGUGUAACCUGUACAUGGGAAGUGUAGAUGGACCCAUGGAAGGAGAUGAAACCCCAGUGAAGGUCUUGGAUUGUGAUACUAUCUCUCAGGUGAAGGAAAAGUCUCUAGAUGCCAUAUAUCGCUCAUACCCCUAUUCGCAACGUCCACGAAGAGAAGACCUAGAUCUCGAAUGGCGCACAGGAACGUCAGGCCGGCUGAUUCUCUAUGAUGAAGACACAACUACCCGACCAGAAGGCGGGUGGAAGAAACUCAACACCCUUGGCCAUUACAAUGUUCCUGAUCAGGCCCAGCUGACACUCAUACCCAAGCAGUCGUCCAUUUACAUGUUAAUACUCUCUGACAAAUCUGACAAGUCACACCACAAAUACGACACACUCAACAGAAGCAAACUGAAUUCCUCCAGUCCACCUCUCUCUCGAGCCACUUCACCCCUUAACCACGAUAAUGAAGCAGGGGUAAAGGUAGGAGCAAAGGUUUGGCACUUGGUCCGCCAACAAGAGUCAGAACAGCGUGAGGGAGAACGCACAAAUAAGAUGGUGUCAGAAAUCUACCUCACGCGUCUCCUGUCUACAAAGCUCACCCUGCAGAAGUUUGUGGAUGAUCUGUUUGAGACCAUAUUCAGCACCGCUCACCGUGGCUCUGCCCUACCUUUAGCAAUUAAAUAUAUGUUUGACUUCUUGGAUGAUCAGGCACUACAGCAUGGCAUUACAGAUCCAGAGGUGGUACACACAUGGAAGAGCAACAGCCUACCACUCAGGUUCUGGGUCAACCUCAUAAAGAAUCCCAAUUUUGUAUUCGACAUCCACAAGUCCAAUAUUGUGGAUGCCUGCCUCUCUGUAGUAGCUCAGACAUUCAUGGAUUCAUGUUCCACAUCUGAUCAUAGAUUAGGUAAAGAUUCUCCAAGUUCUAAGCUGCUAUAUGCCAAAGACAUUCCUGUCUAUAAGGAAUGGGUAGAGCGAUAUUAUGCUGAUAUUAAGAUUAUGCAACCCAUCUCUGACCAGGAUAUGAAUGCCAUGUUGGCAGAAGAGUCAAGGAUGCACAAUUCAGAGUUCAAUAGCCUGGCAGCACUAGCAGAGCUGUAUGGUUAUGCAUUCAAGUAUAGUGACCAAUUAAUGCUGACCUUAGAAGAGGAUGAAUUCUCGACCAAGAACCGAUUGGCUUACCGGCUAGAGCAGGUUCACAGCAUAAUGACCACAGACCAAGACUGACAGGACGCCCCCCCAGACCCACGGGCUGGACCCGAUCAAAGGGUGCCACCUUCAGGGCUUGUGGGUCCCGGUUCCUUCUCUGCAGGCCCAUAUGGAGGGUCACCCCCGCACCAUGUGUAUGAAGGGGUACCAUAUGGCGUGUCCCCACCACAAUCUGCUGUUUAUGAUAGACAGGUGGAAACUAUGUUCACUUACCGUGGACAGGGAGCAGCCAUGGGAGAUGGGGGCCAAUGGGGGGGAGUAGAUGGCAGUGUGUAUGGUCUAUCUGGUGUGCCCCAGCAUGCCAGACACUCACCAGGGGCAUGUGGUAAUGCACAAUUUCCUAACAGAGGGACACCACAAGUGUAUGGAUUUGAAUAUGAAGAGCCUUGAUUCACAUAAGGUUUAGUGGUGGGAGUGUUGUGUUUCUGCUCAAAGUGAGUUACUGUACGUACAGCUGGAAUGAAAAUUGAAGUGCCUCACGCCCAAGGCUACAAUAGUACCCUGGAGUGAGCAUGGAAAAUGGCAACAAAGCAACGAACAAGCUUGCCCAGCAGCAAGCAAGAAGCAGCAGCAG